AGGUGGGCGGAUUGUUUACUUUUUGGUCUGACGUAGACUACACUUGUGUCGGCAAGAAAAAAAGAAGAACACAGAUAUUACCUAUCGAUGAUAUUAAAUAACAGUACCAAAGUCCAAAAUAAAACCGGUGGAAAUUAAAAUGGCGAAUGAUGAUAAACAAUUUGACUUCACAAAAUUACAUAAAGGAGCUCCAGAUUUUCGGGCGCUUAUGGAUAAUCCUGCAAUUAUGUCAAUGUUCAGUUUCUUGAAACGUGGUGAAGAAGAAAAAGCUCAAGGGGCCAGAGAUUCUUCAAGAAUAUUUAGAGAAAAUAAACUUUUUGACUCGAAUGAUUUCUCACAUUAUCCGAAAUCUCCCACGGCAAGUUAUUUUAGACGCGCUGUUUUUCACUUUAAAAUGGCAGUCGAAAUAAUAAAAGGCUACAACAGAGAAAGUGUGGAUAAUUUGAAAGACUGCGAAGUUCUUAGACCAGCCUUUGAAAAUAUUGUAUAUGGUCACAUUUGCGAAAACAGUAUGUAUGAGCCUUUCCGUCCACCGGACACUACCUCUGUUCUUAUCGACCAAUAUUUGAUGUUAAAACCUGAUGAUGUAUUUGCUGAGUAUGCAAAGCUUAUAAUACUUGGGAGAACCUUACUGAAGGGAGAAAAGGGAAAUAAUCUUUUAUCGGAUUUCGAGUCCUCAAAAUUAUACAUAAAAUCAUCUGAGCUAUUGGCCUUUAAACUUAAACCGAAAACAAAUGCACAGCCCUAUCGAAUGAUUCUUAUUGACAUAUAUUAUUAUCUUGGCUCAAAAUACGUUUCUACAGAGCAGCAUGAGCGUGCGCUUGAUUCGUUUCAGAAAUGUUUCGAUCUAGACAACUCAAAUUAUAGAGCUCUUUAUGGAAUCGCAUAUCAGCAUAUGGAAAGUGAUCCUGAGAAAUCAAUUGAGCUAUUUGAAAAGUUUAUCAGCAUGGCGCCUGAAUGUGAGAAGCAAUACCCUAAUGCCUAUUACAUGAUUGCAACAAUAUAUAUGAGUAAAGGAAACUUUGAUGCAGCAUUACGGCACUGUUCAUUGGCAGAAGAUGCAGAGAGAACACGUUUACCAUUUCUAGGUCCUGUCGACAUUCCACAAAAAGAUAUGAUGCAGCAAAUGAAAUGCAUGAUACCGCAAAUUCAAAAACUAAGAAUGAAUAAAAAAUAAGGUAUAAUUAAACAGGACCUUGAGACUAUAAUG